AACAAAGUCUCAUUGACGAAUGAACCACCGAUGUAGGUGGUACGUAAUUAGGUGACAUACAAAUGGAUUGGUGAUUAGUGUAAUUGUGUUUGGUGGCAAUACAGUGCGUCAAAAUGACUGGAAUUUAUAUAAUCGCUGUUCUACUCAUCGGUCAGAUUAGCGCGGAGGUGGUCGAAUUAAGUUGCGCCGAUAACGCGACCUGUAUAAAUAAUUUGGGUAGGCAGUUGUAUACGAGUAUAAAGCAACGUAAAACAGUAAGGUUAUUCGAUUUGAUAACUAUUGAACCGUUAAGGACUAGAGAAUCGAGGUCGUAUAAAGGACCAUUAACAAGGUUGCUAACAAGCCAUGCUAUCAGCUUCGAUUGGAAUGAUUUCACCUUCCGACUAUCGAAUCCCGAUGACAAAGAUGAUUCCAUGGAUUUAGAAGUGUUCGAGAAUAGAUCCAAUAAAGAUGAACCAGAAACAGUACCAAAGAAGACAGCUGUUAAAGCAGAAGACGAGUCCGAAGACAAAUUACCAAAGAGUCGUAUCAAGAGAAAACGACCGAAGAAGAAGGUCCUUCAAGCAGUUAUACCACUUCUGUUCGGCAUGAAGUCAACUGGCGCCAUUUUAUUUGCCAUGGCUCUGGUGACUGCGAUUACUAUGAAAGCAUUCUUCGCAAGUAAACUGGCCCUUCUUGUUACGAUAGGCAUGGCUAUGAAGAAGUUAUACGAAAGUUAUAGUAAUGGCAUCGGUAUGCCAAAUAAUCCGUAUCUAUACUCGCAAUAUCCGAUCGAUUUUCCGAGCGCAUCAUCGCAAGCGUACUCCGUAAAUGGAGUCAACACGCAAUUUGCUUCCCCAGACAUAUAUAAUCCCACGGCCUUGGGUUCCCAAUCUCAUUCGCAUGAGAUACAUCAGAACGAAGUCACUGCACAGCAGUCGCAGCAAGCGCCGACCUUACUGCUAAACUCGACAAGAUCCGCUUCAGAAAGAUGGGAUGGGUACCGGGGACGUCCAAUGUUUUAUGGAACCUCGCGCGCUACUUCAGAAUCAUAUUUGGCUUACCAGAAAUCCCGCCGCUAAGCAAUUCAGCGUCGAUGUCGAUGCCAAUGUACGCAAUGCCACAAAUGUACGGCCCGACAAUGCCGAUGCCUACAAUGGCCAUGCCAACUAAUCAAUAACAAAAUUGGACAUCUGGAUAUAACCUUUGGAGAGAAUGGACCAAGUGGCUUUAAUUUGUGACCGCUCUAUGUCAGAUUGCCACGUCGGUAACUUGGUCCCUUCAGUUUAACGAGAGCGACGUGGUAAUCUGACAUUUAAGCUAUUGAUAAGCAGUCGCAGUGCUUUAAGUUAGCCGACCUUAUUCUUAAAUGUGAAGUUCCUUGAUUCUUAACUUAAACCGGUCAAGUUAGCUUAAAGCAUUGUAUGACUCUCCCGUCCUUAAUAAAAUACUAAGUAAAU